CAAAUUGCACUUAUUUCUUUUCCAGCUAUCUUCUCACCGAUAUAAUCAGAAUAUUAGUUCUUCCGUGAGAAAAACAAAUUAAUUCAUGUAUAAAAUUCUCAUUGAAAUAUAAGUAUCAAGCUCAUGACAACCAGAAAUUAAUACGUGCAUUGCAUUCUGCCUCAAACUACCGAAUUUCGACGUAACUACUAACGGGAUUGUUGAGUAAGAAAACAGAGAGAAAACUAUUGGUUAUUCAAGACGUAAACCAGUACAAAAUAAGUAUGGCAUAUCGUUACGGUUCUAUAAGUUUAACGCGAUGGCAAUUGGCAUUGCUCAUCGGCACACCCGUCGCAAUUGGUUUAGGUGUCUACAUUUAUCGGAAAUCUGUAGAAGAAAAGAAGCCAAUCGGCGAUAACGAUGCGGCUGAUCGUAAGAAAGGACUAUCCACCAAAGACAAGCAACAAACAUUAUCUAUUGAUGGUACUAACGAGGAUAAGGAAUUAGAGCGGAAGAAAAAGAAUGCCGAGCUGGAAAAUGAAAAGUUGUCACCUCUGAAGGAAGCUACCAUGUACAAGAAUGAUGGCAAUGUUUGCUAUCGUAAUGGCAAAUACGACGAAGCAAUCUCGUUUUACGAUAAAGCAAUAGAUAAAUGUCCGAUUGAAAAUCGUACUGAGCUUGCAAUAUUUUAUCAAAACCGUGCUGCCUCAUAUGAAAUGUUAAAAAAAUGGAAUCGUGUUAAAGAAGAUUGCUCGCGUUCACUUGAAUUCAAUCCUCAAUAUGCAAAGGCAUAUUACAGACGCGCUAAGGCACACGAAGCCACAAAUGAUUUGAUGGAAUGUUUAGAUGAUGUGACAGCGACGUGUAUAUUGGAAAUGUUCCAAAAUAACAGUACAAUAAUGUAUGCAGAUCGCAUACUGAAACAAACUGGUCGUGAGGAUACUGAGCGCGGUCUCAAAGAACAUGUACCGGUAUUGCCAUCAAGUAACUUUAUUCAAACUUAUUUGCGUUCAUUUGUGGCGGAUCCACUUGUAGGCAUAUCCAUUGCCGAUGCAAACGAAGGAGUGGAGUUGAAAGGAUUUGCGCGUGCCAAAAAAGCUUUGGACGAAAUGAAAUAUGAAGAUGUGAUUUCAGCUUGUACGGAAGAAAUCGAAACAUCCGAAUCUGAAUCACAAUAUAAAAGUGAAGCUUUACUAUUGCGUGGCACAUUUUACCUGCUUUCGGGUGGCUUCAAUGCGUCCCAGCAAGAUUUUGAUGCUGUGAUAAAUAACGCCGAUGCUGAUAUUGCGUUGCGUGCAACUGCUCUUAUUAAACGUGCCUCGUUACACAUACAGAAGGAAGAGAAGGAUUUGGGCUUAGCUGAUUUCGAUGCCGCCGCCAAAUUGCAACCUGAUAAUCCCGAUAUUUAUCAUCAACGUGCGCAAAUUUAUAUACUGCUCGAUCAAUUGCCAGAAGCAUUAAGUGAGUUUGAGAAAGUAGUGAAGUUAUCACCAAAUCACGCAAUGGCCUACAUACAGAAAUGUUACGCCGAAUAUCGUUUGGCAUUGUUGUCUCAGGAUCAAAUGCGCCUAAUGAUCGUAAUGAAUGAAUUCAAAAACGCCAUUGAGAAAUUCCCCGACUGCAUUGAAUGCUAUAGUCUAAUGGCACAAGUUUUUGCGGAUCAACAACAAUUCCAACAAGCAGAACAAUUUUAUGAGAAAGCCUUAAAGAUAGCACCAGAAAAUGCGUCGCUCUAUGUACAUCGUGGUGUAAUGCUAUUGCAAUGGAAGGGUGACAUCGACAAAGCGAUUACAUUAAUUAAUCAAGCGCUAGAGGUGGACAAUAAAUGUUUAUUGGCAUAUGAAACAUUAGGCACUAUAGAAGUGCAACGUGCUAAUCUAAAUCGUGCUGUGGAACUUUUCGAGAAAGCUAUUAAGUUAUCAAAGAGCAAAUCAGAAAUGGGUCAUUUGUAUGCUUUACGUAAUGCGGCGGUUGCACAACUAAAUGUUACACGCAAAUUGGGUAUUGAUAUGUCAAAAAUAUCAGCGUUAGCGCAGCAAGGAAUGAUGCCGACAGCUGUUUAAACAGCAUAGUAUAGAAAUGAAUACUUAAGAUAUUUACAAAGUAGAUCCUGUUUCAACUUUCUUGCAAUAUAACUAACUAAACAUAAAAUAGUUUUUAAUGAGUUAAGAAAAAAACCAACUGCAGCAAGAAUGUCUCCAAGCAUUUCUCCUCCUGAAAACGAAACAGUGGCCUAGAAAGUAUAAUCAUUGCAGUAUUUAAAGUUGAAUAUAUACAAUUUCGUAAAGUGUUAAUGCUUUGUAUUGUUUUUUAUAUUUUAACUUUAAAUAUUCGCAAAGAUUGAUAUUGUUCUAAUAUGCGGCAUAAAAGUAUAUGCGUUAUAGUAUAAGAAAUAAGUAUGUAACAAUCACAAACUGCUGGAUACAGAUAUUUUAAAAAAUUAUACCAAUUUUGUUGUGUAGCAUUGGUCUUGUUAAUAGUUCGAAAGUCAUAAUUUUUUAAUUUUUGUUAUAAUGAAAUUUUGUUUUGUACAUGCUAUUCAGUACAUCUUGAAUACAUUCAGAAAUAAAUUACCCCAUUACCUAUGUA